UGGGCUUGGGAACAGGGUGGUGUUCCCUGUUUCUGUGGAUUCUCAGAGUAGCCAGUGUUUCCCCCUCUCAGCUAUCAGCUGCUUUGGAGGGAGAUUGGUUCCUUAGUAAGGGUUCCUUCUUUCAAGGGAUAUGGAGCGGCUACUUUCAUGGGGGCACCAGCCCCUCUGCUUUUACUCUAUCCGAAGCUAACAUGUCACUGAGAAACGAGCCAAAGGUCAACACCUCUGCACUGCGCAGAAUCGCUGCUGACAUGAGUGACCUGAUAGAAAGCCUGGACUCGCGGGAGCUCCACCUUGAGGGCGAAGAGGUGGAAUAUGAUGCAUCUCCUGGAGACCCCAGGACACAGGAAGAGUAUAUCCCUUUCUCUGCUGUUUAUAACACCCAGGGAUUUAAGGAACCUAACAUACAGACGUAUCUCUCCGGCUGUCCAAUAAAAGCACAAGUUCUGGAAGUGGAGCGCUUCACAUCCACGACAAGGGUACCAAGUAUCAAUCUUUACACCAUUGAAUUAACACAUGGGGAAUUUACAUGGCAAGUUAAGAGAAAAUUUAAGCACUUUCAAGAAUUUCACAGAGAGCUGCUUAAGUACAAAGCCUUUAUUCGAAUUCCCCUUCCCACCAGAAGGCACACAUUCAGAAGACAGAAUGUUAAGGGGGAGGAGCCCCGGGAGAUGCCCAGUUUGCCUCGUUCAUCUGAAAACAGGAUCAGGGAAGAACAGUUCUUUGGUAGGAGGAAACAACUGGAAGAUUACUUGACAAAGAUCCUAAAAAUGCCCAUGUAUAGAAACUAUCACGCCACAACAGAAUUCCUUGAUAUAAGCCAACUGUCUUUCAUCCAUGAUUUGGGACCAAAGGGCAUAGAAGGUAUGAUAAUGAAAAGAUCCGGGGGACAUAGAAUACCAGGCUUAAAUUGUUGUGGUCAGGGAAGAGCCUGCUACAGAUGGUCAAAAAGAUGGUUAAUAGUGAAAGAUUCCUUUUUACUGUAUAUGAAACCAGACAGUGGUGCCAUUGCUUUCGUCCUGCUAGUAGACAAAGAAUUCAGAAUUAAGGUGGGGAAGAAGGAGACAGAAACAAAAUACGGACUCCGAAUUGAUAAUCUUUCAAGGACGCUUAUUUUAAAAUGCAACAGCUAUAGACAUGCUCGGUGGUGGGCAGGAGCUAUAGAAGAAUUCAUCCAGAAACACGGCACCAAUUUUCUCAAAGAUCAUAGAUUUGGUUCGUAUGCUGCUGUCCAAGAGAACACAUUAGCUAAAUGGUAUGUUAAUGCCAAAGGAUAUUUUGAAGAUGUGGCAAAUGCAAUGGAAGAGGCAAAAGAAGAGAUUUUUAUCACAGAUUGGUGGCUGAGUCCAGAAAUCUUCCUGAAACGCCCAGUGGUUGAAGGAAAUCGUUGGAGGUUGGACUGCAUUCUUAAACGAAAAGCACAACAAGGGGUGAGGAUCUUCAUCAUGCUGUACAAAGAGGUGGAACUUGCUCUUGGAAUCAACAGCGAGUACAGCAAGAGGACGUUAAUGCGUCUGCACCCCAACAUAAAGGUGAUGAGGCAUCCAGACCAUGUGUCCUCUAGCGUCUAUCUGUGGGCUCAUCACGAGAAGCUUGUCAUCAUCGACCAGUCAGUGGCCUUUGUGGGAGGGAUCGACCUGGCGUACGGGAGGUGGGACGACCAUGAGCACAGGCUCACGGACGUGGGCAGCGUGAAACGGGUCACUUCAGGAGCCCCUCUGGGCUCUCUCCUGGCUGCGACAUCAGAGUCUAUGGAAUCCUUACACCCCAAUGAACCUAAUAAAAAUCUGACCAUCCUGAAGAGUGCUGAUGACAUGGAUUCCAGACUGAAAGCUGCGGGAAAGCCCAGGAAGCUCUCCAGAUUCAGCCUCUACAGGCAGCUCUACCAGCGCCACCUGCAGGACACAGACAGCGUCACCAGCAUGGACAGCACCUCCAAUACCGGCUCCAUCCGUAGUUUACAGACAGACAUGGGAGAGCUGCAUGGGGAGACCAGAUUCUGGCACGGGAAGGACUACUGCAAUUUUGUCUUCAAAGACUGGGUUCAGCUUGAUAAGCCUUUUGCUGAUUUCAUUGACAGGUACUCCACACCCCGAAUGCCAUGGCAUGACAUUGCCUCUGUAGUCCACGGGAAGGCUGCACGUGACGUGGCGCGCCACUUCAUCCAGCGCUGGAACUUCACGAAGAUUAUGAAGUCAAAGUAUCGGUCCCUUUCUUAUCCUUUUCUACUUCCGAAGUCUCAAACAACAGCCCUUGAGUUGAGAUACCAGGUACCUGGGUCUGUCCAUGCUGAUGUGCAGCUGCUGCGCUCUGCUGCAGACUGGUCUGCUGGCAUAAAGUACCACGAGGAGUCCAUCCACACUGCCUACGUUUACGUGAUAGAGAACAGCAAGCACUACAUCUACAUUGAAAACCAGUUUUUUAUAAGCUGUGCUGAUGACAAAACUGUGUUCAACAAGGUUGGCGAUGCCAUUGCCCAGAGGAUCCUGAAGGCUCACAGGGAAAACAAGAGAUAUCGGGUAUAUGUGGUGAUACCACUUCUCCCAGGGUUUGAAGGAGACAUCUCUACCGGAGGAGGAAAUGCUCUCCAGGCAAUAAUGCACUUCAACUACAGAACCAUGUGCAGAGGAGAAAAUUCCAUCCUUGGGCAGUUAAAAGCAGAGCUUGGAAAUCAGUGGAUAAAUUACAUAUCAUUCUGUGGUCUCAGAACACAUGCAGAGCUUGAAGGGAAUCUUGUCACCGAGCUUAUCUACGUCCACAGCAAGUUGUUAAUUGCUGAUGACAGCACAGUUAUUAUUGGCUCUGCCAACAUAAAUGACCGAAGCAUGCUGGGAAAACGUGACAGUGAAAUGGCCGUCAUUGUGCAGGACGCAGAGACAGUCCCUUCAGUAAUGGAUGGAGAAGAAUACCAAGCUGGCCGGUUCGCCCAAGGACUUCGGCUACAGUGCUUUAGGGUUGUCCUUGGCUAUCUUGAUGACUCAAGUGAGGACAUCCAGGAUCCAGUGAGUGACAAAUUCUUCAAGGAGGUGUGGGUUUCAACAGCAGCUCGAAAUGCUACAAUUUAUGAUAAGGUGUUCCGGUGCCUUCCAAAUGAUGAAGUACACACUUUAAUUCAGCUGAGAGAGUUUAGAAAUAAGCCCAGAUUAGCUGAGGAAGAUCCCAUUAGAGCUGAGGAGGAAUUGAAAAAAAUCCGUGGGUUCUUGGUACAAUUUCCCUUCUAUUUCUUGUCUGAAGAAAGCCUGCUACCUUCUGUUGGAACCAAAGAAGCCAUAGUGCCUGUGGAGGUUUGGACUUAGGAGUUAUGCUCAUUUGCAUAAUAGAUGUCCACCCUGAAGACCACACUACAGUGACUUUGAGGGUGACACAGCUGAAGCCAGGCCUGAUGCAGUCUCAGGGGCCACCCACAGCCCUGUGGAGUGACUGGGAGGGGCUGCAGCCACACUGGGGACACUGGACAUCAGCCAGGCUUUGUAAAUCCUUUAUAAAUCAUCUUGUAGUCCAUACAGGCAUUGUUCAAGACACUACUUAUUACAGGAGCUGCUGUGAUUCUUCAAGGUUGCAUGGAAUGCCCCCGCAUCUGAUCGUAUAGUGGUGUUCACCCAGGUAAAGACUUGGUCAUCAUUCAUUUUCAGUCACUGUUCCAACAGGCAGACUUUAGUCUACACAGCAGCCUGCAUGAGGUACUUCUGAUAAGGUUGACACUACAUCUUGACACCACAAAGCAACAGGAAGGAAUUAAAUCCCAAAAUUGAGGCAGAGAUUUAUUUCACUUGGCUCCCAAAGGCACUGACAAGAUGUGUCCGUGUGAUCAGACCCAGUGAUCAAAUGUGAAAGCAGAUGUAGAAUGUCUGAAUACAUGGCAACCAGAUAAAACUCAAAACAUUCAACCUCAGACACCUCCAAGAUGUUAGUGGAGAUCUCAUCCAGAUAAGACAAGAAGAUUCUUUCUAGUCCUAUACAAUUUCCUAUUAUCUUGAGCUUCUGGAUUGAUUGAAGCUUGAGUUUCUACAUUUCAAAACCAAACCAGUGAAUAUAAUUUGUCUUUCAAGAGAAUUGGAAGCUUCAUAACUCCUACGGAAUUAAUUGGUAUGUCUAACCUCAUUUGAUAUUCAACCCUCCUGCUACAUUAUCUUCUUUAAGAAAAAUUAAUUGGUUGUAAAAUGUGCCACACUUUGCUUGCAUUAUGAAAUACACAUUAACAUUCCACCAAAGUAUCCGAAGAAGUUAGGAUACUUACUAAGUCACAUUGUCCUAGUCUAUGAAUUGUUCUGAAAACAUGUUUUUCUUCUGCUAUUAGUGUACCCUUUGAUGGACAAAAAUUCUAAUAUAGAAUAGAAGUACACUCACAGCCUGAAGAACUAAUGUGGUUUCUAAAAUGCCUAUGCCCAUAAAAUAUGGUGUAGGUGCAAUAAUUAGACAUGUCUGUGGAUCACCUGGACAGACUCUCAUCUGGGUUGUUCUCCAAAGAAGUAAGCACCCAAUUCCUGCUUUCACGGAAUGGCCAAGAAAAGCACACAGUCAGUGAUAUAGAUUAGUAGAAGAGAGAAACAGUGUCACAUUUAGGAGAGGAUCUCAUAUCCAGGGAACAUUUCACAAAUUUGCUAGGAUUUGGGAAACAGCAAUGGAAAUGAAUAUUUUGGUGAGUAAAUAACUUCUCAUAUGGCUAAAGAUGGUAAAAUGACUUCAUUCUGUAACAACUGUAAAUAAGACAUUUGAUACUUAUAGAAAGAAGCUUAUAUUGGCCUAUGAAGUAUUGAGUGGAUGUGAAAUACCAAAGGAUACCUUAUUUCUUAUUUAAAAAUACUUUUUAAACUUUAGAACCGUCAACAAACUGGCACUGAUUUUGUGCAAGAUGUUCCCAUGAAGCCAUGAAGAAUAAAAGCCUGAAAGGACCCUUUCUCUCUAUCUUUUUUUUUUAUUAUUAAAUCAUAGCUGUAUACAUUAAUGCAGUCCAGAGGUACAAUGAGCUGGUUUCAUAUACAAUCUGAAAUAUUUUCAUCAAACUGUUUAACAUAGCCUUCAUGGCAUUUUCUUAGUUAUUGUAUGAAGACAUUUGAAUUCUCCAUUUAGUAAGUUUCACCUGUACCCAUUCUAAGAUGUACCGUAGGUGUGGCCCCACCAAUUACCCUCCCACCACCCCAACCUCCCUCCUCCCCUCCCUUGGCUAUUUCCCCAUAUUCUUGUGCUAUAGUUGGAUUAUAGCCUUCAUAUGAAAGCUAUAAAUUAGCUUCAUAGUAGGGUUGAAUACAUUGGAUACUUUUUCUUUCAUUCUUGAGAUACUAUGCUAAGAACAAUAUGUUCCAGCUCCAUUUAUGUAAACACGAAAGAGGUAAAGUCUCCAUCUUUCUUUAAGGCUCCAUAAUAGUCCAUGGUACACAUGUACCACAAUUUACUAAUCCAUUCGUGGGUCGAUGGGCACCUAGGCUUCUUCCAUGACUU